AGUAGCAUUUUGGCUAAGGAGUUGCUAGCUGUUCAACCAAUUAAUCGAAAUGAUUACACAUAUAAGAUUAUAAGAUUGCAUAUUUUACAGACUAUACGUAUAUAUUAAUAUAUGCAUGUAUUAUAAUUUAUAGCUACAAGGGAUUAUAUUUGUAAACUUAAAUAUGAGCAAUACUUCAAAGUGCUUUUCUAAUCCGCUAUACGACGUGGAUAAAGAUCCUAUAGUUGAAUUCGAAGUUUUAGAAGAAACUCUAUCAAUACAGAGUUUUACGACAAGAUUGCCAAAAUCAGUAUGCAGACGAAAAAGUAUGAUAGCAGUGAUAUUUAUUAGCUGCUUAAUAAGUGCUCUACUGGUUGCAAUAGCAAUAGGAAUAUUCUUUGGAGUAAAACACAAUCCAAGCGAUACUACAUCAUCUUUAAUUAUAUUCUCGAAAGUAAAUGGAAUUGUUUCUAUUGAGAAUGGAAAAUAUUCAUCUUUUAAAGAAGCCUAUAAGAAUAAUAGAUCUAAAGAAUUUCAAACUUUGUCUACAGAUUUCUCAAAAGAAAUGGAGAUUGUUUUAAAAUCUUCUGAUUUUAAAUAUCUUUAUAACUCUCUAUCUAUAAAUUCUGUCAAUGAAGGGAGCAUAAUUAUUGAUUUUACAAUGUAUUUUAAUGAUUGGCUUUUACUGCAUUCUCACAAAUCAUAUCCGAAAGUUUUAAGCCUCGACGCUUUGAAGGAAACCUUAAAGAACAAAGUUUAUGGAUCUUUUAACAUGAUAGAUCACUUUGACCUUAGUUUACUUCAGCAAAUUAAACUUGAUCCUCAACAAUUCAAGAAAUUUACGAAAAGGCCUGAACUUCCAACAACAUCUACAAUUAAGCCUGUUAAAACUACUACUAUAUUGACAACUACAAAAAAAUCUACUACAUCAAUGACUACCGAGAAAAUUACCACGUUAAAAACUACAAAGCAAGCUACUGAAAGUCAAAAAACAAUUCCUAUGGUGACAACACCAUUAACAACUUACAUAUCAACUAGCAUUUCUAGUAGUAUGUCAACGAAAAGACUUUCAACAAAAAUUGCUAGCAGUACUGAGAAUCCAACGACAGUUGGUACUGUUCAGUCGUCUACUCGAGUCACUGACUUUCAAUGUGCAAGUUACGAAUAUUUAUGCAAAUCGGGUCUAAAAUAUUCUAGUGGAUAUCCUUGUAUUGAUCACUUCGAAGUAUGUGAUGGAUAUUUUGACUGUAAGGAAAAUGAAGAUGAAGACGGUUGUACUGGAUGCAGUGAUGGAGGAUUUAGAUGUGAAAAUAGCACUACAACUCAUCACAGUGGUGUAUGCACUUUUCCAAACGAACGUUGCGAUGGAAUUGCAGAUUGUAUAGACAAAUCUGACGAGUUUAAUUGUACACUUUGUCCAGAUAGUUAUUUCAAAUGUACUACCGGAACUAGAAUCGGUGGAGAAGUAAAUUGCAUUCGGAAUAUAUUUAGAUGCGAUGGACUAGUAGAUUGUCAAGAUGGAAGUGAUGAAAAAGACUGUCCAAAUGUUUGUGGGCCUGAUGAAUUCAAAUGUACAAGGGGAUUUAAAAUUGCUACCACAAAUAGAUGCAUAUUGAAAUCCAAUGUCUGCGAUAAAAUUAAUCAUUGUUCAGAUAGAUCAGACGAAAAGGGAUGCAAUUAUACUUGUCCAGAAAAUUAUCUAUCAUGUAAAAAUCACAAUGUUCAUUCGCGGUUUCUUUUGUUAUCGUCAAAACCAUAUUGUUAUCCUGAUUAUAUGAAAUGCAAUGGUAUACUAGAAUGUAUGGAUGGAAGUGAUGAAUAUCCUUGUAUAAAUUGUAAUCAUAGUUCAACAUUCGCCUGUAAAACUGGAAUGUCAAUUGAUGGUCAUCAAUGUAUUGAAUCUUCAAAACAAUGCGAUCAUUUUAAUGAUUGUCUUGAUGGAUCAGAUGAAGAAAAUUGCAAAUAUAGCUGCAACGAUGAUAAAAUAGUAUGUCCAAAGGGAAAGUUAAUAUGGAAAGAUUCAACCCGUUAUUGCAUAUUCAAAACUAGUCUUUGUGAUAAUUAUAGAGAUUGUACCAAUGGUAGUGAUGAGGAAACUUGUAGUCACAGCUCCUGUACAGCAGAUCAUUUUAACUGCACUGCGGGGCAUAGCACUCAUGACAGAAAAUGUGUUAACUUAAGAUUUAGAUGCAAUGGACGUGACGACUGUUCCGAUGGUUCAGAUGAACUUAAUUGUCCUACCAUCUGUUCAAAUGAAACUUUUCUGUGUCCUAAUCAAACAUGUAUUGGGUUCGAUAAAGUAUGUGAUAAUCAUCCCGAUUGUAGUGGUGGAGAAGAUGAAAAGUUCUGCGACAAACCUUGCGCACAUGACGAAUUUAAAUGUAAAAAAGGUUUGGAUGUAUUUUCUGGGCACAAAUGUAUCCCUAUCGGUUACACGUGCGACAAUGUUGAAGAUUGUAGCGAUGGUUCUGACGAAUUUGCAUGCAAGUAUACUUGUCCAAGUUCUCAAUUUAAAUGUCGAAAUGGGACUACCAAAUCAUGGCCUCACAGAGGAGUCUGUAUUUCAAGGGCUCAGCAUUGUAAUUCGGUCAUUGAUUGUACAGAUGGAUCGGACGAAGAAAACUGCAAUAUGUGUCCCAGUUUUCUCUGGCAAUGUGUAAAUGGAACAGAUAUAUCUCUUCUCACUCCACCAAAUUUUCAACAUUGCAUAUUCAAAUCUUUUCGUUGCGAUCGAAUUCGGGACUGUUCGGAUGGAUCCGACGAACAAAACUGCACCUACUCUUGCAAAAAAGAAAAUCAAUUCCUAUGUAAAACUGGUCUAAUAAUUGAUUAUCCAUACACUGAAUAUUGUAUUGAUGAAAAUAAAUAUUGCGAUGGAAGAACAGAUUGCAAGGACAAUUCGGAUGAGAAAUACUGCAGCCAAACUUGUAAAAAUGAUACUAUUGCUUGUCAAGUUGGAAAGUCCAAAACUUUGGGGACUCAUUGUAUACCGAAGAAUCUAUGGUGUGAUAGAGUGAAAGACUGUGACGAUGGUUCCGAUGAAAAAAAUUGUAACUAUACUUGCCCGGCCAACAGCGUAGCAUGUAAAACGGGAAAUCUGAUUGCUGGAACUGGUAGAGAAUAUUGCUAUCCUGCACACAAUAAGUGCAAUGAAAUCCCACUUUGUCGAGAUAAAUCUGACCAACAUGGCUGUUAUAGCAACUGUGCAGAAGAUGAAAUGAGGUGUAAUGUUACCAAUGAACAUGGUACAAUUUACAGUAGAUGUUUAUCACUGAAAGUUAGAUGUGAUAAGUACAACGACUGCGUAGACGGUGCAGAUGAAUUUAAAUGCAAUUAUCAUUGUAAAGACAAGACUUAUUUCCAAUGUGAAAAUUCCUUAGUAUCCAAACCUCCCAGAAUUGGAUAUUGUAUUAAUUCUUCUUUGAAGUGUAAUGGCAUAGAGGAUUGUCUUGACGGAUCGGACGAGAGAAAUUGUAAUAAUACUUGUUCAAGCAGGCAGCUUUCAUGCGGAUCUCAACUUUCGUAUAAUAGCAAAAGUUGUUAUCUGGAGAUAGUUAAAUGUGAUAGAUAUAAUGAUUGCAUUAAUGGAGAAGAUGAGAAAAAUUGUACUUAUUCUUGUUCUGUUGGAUAUAAACUUUGCAAAACUGGUUUCGUUUUUUCUCCACCUCAUCCCUCAGCCAGUAAUUAUCAUCCAUCGCUAAUGUAUUGUAUACCGAACCAACAAAUUUGUGAUGGAAAAUCUAACUGCCAAGAUCACAGUGAUGAAGAGAAUUGCGAUGAUUAUUGUAAUAAACCUCAUUCGUUUAAAUGCGUAAAUGAAACCAAAUGUAUAAAUCAACUUGAAAGAUGCGAUGGAAAGAAUGACUGCAUAGAUGGGUCAGACGAAGUAAACUGCACUUGCGACAAGGAUAGUUAUAAAUGUUCCAAAGGUUUUUCACAUACCUUUAAUACUCAAUCACACAAACAUUACUGUUAUAAGAAAAUCUUUAAAUGCGAUAAUUAUGUUGAUUGUUCCGACGGUUCAGAUGAGUCUGAUUGUAUACCUGGUUUACCUGCAAAGUGUUACAAUGAUACAACUCAGUUCAUCUGCGGUUCUUAUCCCACUCCAGGACCUGUCUGUCUUACAAAGCAGCAGCUAUGUGAUAGAAGGUUCAAUUGUUUGCAUACUGCACUUGACGAGAAAGUUUGCAGUCAUAAGUGUCUUGGUAACACCUUUGCUUGUGAUGGAAAAGAUCCCAAAAAUUAUAAAUGUAUUCCUUUUGUCAAGAGAUGCGAUGGACAAAAUGACUGUAUAGAUGGAACAGAUGAAUUGUAUUGCGGGAAAUACUUGAGACCAAAAAAUAUAAGUACAAUUUGUAAUCGUAUAAUAUUAAAUGCGGAGCUAUUAAAAACCGAACUACAAUCAUCCGGCGACAUCUUGGAAUUAAGCGGUAUCGCUCAUUGUCGACUUCCUUUAGAUAUUUUUCGCAAAAUGCCGAGAAAAAGACGUGCAAGUAGUGAUGAUGAAGAAGACAAUCAGUCCCCAAGAGGGAGGAUGCGCUCGGAGACGAUGGACACACAAGAGAUGGAGGAGCGAUUAGAAAAUUUAAUCUUAAAGAUAGGAGAGAAGAGUACAUCUUCAUUAGAGAGCAAUUUAGAUGCUUUGGCAAAAGUUCUUCACUCGGAUAUGAGCGAGUACAAGGAAAAAAUCUUAUCUAUAAUCGCCGAUUGCGUAGUGGAUAUGCCAGAAAAAAUAACUGUCUAUUCAACUUUAGUAGGUCUCAUAAACGCAGAUGCAUAUACCGUGGGAGGUGAAAUCGUUGAACUUCUCAUACGAAAAUUAAAAGAUUACAUGAUAAAGUAUUUAUGGGAAGAUGCACGAUGUAUCGUACGUUUUCUCAGCGAUUUAGUUAACUGUCACGUUUUAAGCGCUGCAUCCAUUCUAACGUUGUUCAACUCGUGGCUUGAAGUAGCAGCUGAAGAUGGAUCUCCCCAAGUGCGACGAGAUACAUUUGUAUACGCCGUUCUGUCGUCGUUGCCUUGGGUCGGUAGAGCGUUAUACGAAAAGAAAGAAAAUGAACUCCAACGUUUACUCUCCGUUAUUAGAGUUUAUUUAAAAGACAGAUCAAAGGUUCAUGUUAAAAUAUUGCAAGUUUGGUCAACGGAUGAUCCACAUACACAAGAGGAUUAUUUAGAUUCUUUAUGGGCCCAAAUUGAACAACUGGAAAGAAACAAAUGGAUGGAGCGAUGUAUAAUUAGACCUUACGAAUCGUUCGAUAGUAUUCUUUGCGAAGCUUUACAACAUACGUUACCCCAAGUAACACCUCCUCCGCAUGAAGAAAGUUCCCAAUAUCCUUUGCCAAGGGUCGUAUAUCGAAUGUUUGAUUAUACCGAUGUUCCAACAGAAGGCCCUGUCUUACCUGGUGCCCAUGCAGUAGAGAGAUAUGUCGUCGAGGAGCAGCUCCAUUACAUUAUAAAUGUUCUACACCUUGAUAAGAAAGCAUGUGCUGCCGCUUUGCUGAAUUUUUCGUCUCGUUCUAGAAUUCCUCUAAAUUAUAUGAUUGUUGAAGUGGUAUUUGGACAACUUUUUCUUUUACCUUGCAAUCCUUAUAUUGAACUCUUCUAUAAUACUUUACUUAUUGAAUUAUGUAAACUACAACCUUCGUCUAUGCCUCAAGUUUUGGCCCAAGCGACUGAAAUGUUAUUUGACCGAAUAGAUACCAUGCAAACAUCUUGCAUUGUUAGAUUCGUCAACUGGUUCUCUCAUCACUUGUCAAAUUUUCAAUUUCGUUGGAGCUGGGAUGAUUGGAGUGAAGUUGCAACUUAUGACGAUAAUGACAGGCCAAAAGCUAAAUUUGUAAAAGAAGUCCUCAGGAAAUGUAUGAGACUAUCUUAUCAUCAGCGAGUAGUUGAUUUUACUCCAGAUACGCUUGAAAGUUUAAGACCAGCUAAGCCCACCCCACACUAUAAAUAUGAUGGUCAUCCAGUAGCACAAAAAGUUACUGAAGCCAUUAAGUCGAAAGCAACACCGGAAAUGAUUUUGGAUAUUUUGCAGGAAGUAGCAAAUCCUUUAGACAAUGGUGGAUCCGACAAAAUGCCUUAUAAUCCAAAGAAAAUUGACAUUUUGGUUAGCACGCUGUUAAAUCUUGGUUCCAAAUCUCUUUCUCACUCUUUAGCUGCCUUAGCUAAAUUUCAUGAGGCACUUAGAGUACUAGCUGGUUCGGAAGAUGCUCAAGUGAGUGUCUUGCAUUCCGUCCACGAUAUUUGGUCCCAACAUGAGCAAAUGGUUUGCGUCCUGAUUGACAAGCUGCUUAAGACGCAGAUUGUUGAUUGUGCUGCUGUCGCUUCUUGGGUUUUUAGCGAGCAAAUGCGGUCGGAGUUCACUUGCUUCUAUGUCUGGUGUAUAUUACAUAGUGCUAUUAAACGUAUGGGACAACAUGUUGCUAUGCUUCAGAGACAAUUCGAGCAAGGUAAAGAGAAAAGAGAUGCAGCCGAUAGAAGGGGCGGCAUAGAAACUGACGAUACACCAUCAAAAUCACAGUUAGACCUCCUAGAAGAAAAGUUAGAUAUGGCGAAAGCAGAUCACAAGAACCUCUUUCUAGUUAUCUUCCAGAGAUUUAUAAUUGUUUUGGGUGAACAUCUAUCCAGAGCCGAAACUGAUAACACAGAGUUUGAGACACCCUGGUAUAAAUGGGUAAUUGAUAGAUUACAAGAAAUGUUCUUACUCCAUCAUCAAAUUAUUCAAAAGUAUUCACAUACUCUACAAACUUUAGUUUUUACAUCAGACAUCGACCAGAAUAUCUUGGAUAUCUUCAACCAGUUUUGUUCUCUCCGAGCUUAAGGAGAGAAGUCUUUUGUUGUUUUUAGCUAUAAUAUCUUCUAUUUGUUUUCUGUUUUACUAUUUCUUUUUAGACUUUUAAAAAAUCCUAUUAAUAUAUGUUAGCGAUAAAAAAAGCCCAUGUUUGUUCAUAAACGAAUUUGUCCUUACUGUAGAUAUAUAAUAUGACAAAUCUUGGUUUGCCACUCGAUCACUUCAAUUAUCUAACUUCUCUUUUAUUUAAAUACAAAAAAAAGUCUUUCUACCAACAACAUAAUGAAAACUUGAAUCGGAUAUCGAAAAAACCUUCACAAACUAUAGCUUAGCUUGUACUUAAAGUAUUAAAGCCAUUUUUAUACAGUAUAAUGAUUUAUAUGCUGUUUGGAUGAGUAAAAUCCUACGAUUAAUUGUGUUAAGUGGGUUACUGUUAGUGUUUUCUUUCUUCGACAUUGACAUAAUGAACUAGUACAUACUUUUAAUUUUCAAUAUGAAGCAAAAAGUUCUUUUAUUAACAUACUUCAGGC